GUUCCCCGAGCGAGCUCAUUUGGCUCGAAAGCGGAGCGGGUGUUGGGCAUGGCGAGGGAGCUGCAAGUUCGCGGGGCUUGGGGGCUUCUCGGCAUUUUCUGCUGCUCCGCGGUGUCGUUUGUGCUGCGGAGUGAGAACGAGCGGCCAAUUAUUGGAAUAUUAGCUCAGGAAACAGAUUUUAAAAGUUUUCAAAAGUUUGGAAGUUCUUACAUUGCUGCUUCAUACGUGAAAUUCAUCGAAUCAGCUGGAGCAAGAGUAGUGCCAAUAAGAUUGAAUCGUUCCAAUGAAGAGUAUGAUAAGAUAUUCCAUUCUAUAAAUGGGAUACUUUUUCCAGGAGGUGGUGUUGAUCUUAAGACUUCUGAAUUUUCCAGAGUUGCUAAGAUAUUUUAUAAAAAAGCACUAGAGGCCAAUGACAGAGGGGAUUAUUUUCCAGUAUGGGGGACAUGCCUUGGACACCAGUUGCUCACCUAUCUCACGAGUGGAGAAAACUUGCUCAUUCGGACUAAUACAGAUGGCUUUAUAAUGCCACUGAAUUUUACUCAAGGUGCAAACCGCAGCAAGAUGUUCCAGGAUUUUCCUGAAGAUAUAUAUGAACUGAUAGCUUCAGAGCCUGUGACUUCACACUUUCAUUUCUGGAGCCUAUCUGUGCAGAACUACACUGAAAAUGAGAAACUACGCAACUUUUAUAAGAUCUUAACAACUAAUUUUCAUACUGUGGAGUUCAUAUCCACCAUGGAAGCUUACAGAUACCCUUUUUAUGGUGUCCAGUGGCAUCCAGAAAAAAAUCCAUUUGAAUGGAAAAAUUCAACUGGCAUUCCACAUUCCUCAGCAGCUAUAAAAGUAACAUUUUUCAUAGCUGACUUCUUUGUCAAUGAAGCCCGGAAGAGCAGCCAUCAUUUUUCCAGCAAAAAGGAUGAGACCGAUGUGCUGAUUUAUAAUUUUAAUCCUGUUUUCACUGGGACCUUUUCAUCUUUUGACCAAGUUUACUUUUUUGAUUAAAUUUCCAGCCUGAAGAACAGCAGAAGUAGAUUUUAAAAUGACUUGACGUUUCUGUUUUAAAUUGAUUCAAUGUACUAUAAAGGGCAAAAAUUCAGAUUGCAUAUA